AUGCGACACAGAGAUAUCUGGGCCGUUUCAAUGGAACCAGCUCGGUUUGUUGAGCAGCGGUAUCAACUAGAUGAGAAUGACCCUAGCCCUCUGUGGACUGCUAUCUUCGACUACGAGGCAGCAAGAGAAGAUGAGCUCACGUUGCGAAGGGGUGAUGAUGGAUGGUGGAUGGGUAGAGAGCAGGGGGAAAAGAUAGGCAUUUUUCCCAGCAAUUUUGUUGCCAAAGAUUCUCAGUUAAAUGUUGAUAAACUUGAAGAACUCGAUUUAGAAGAAGUGAUUGGUGUGGGUGGCUUUGGGAAAGUUUACAGAGGAAGAUGGAAAAAGAAACAGAAGCAAAAACUAUUCUGGCUUCUUAGCCAUGAGAAUAUUGCGGCCUUGCGAGGAGUGUGCUUGAAGCCUCCUAAUUUGUGUCUGGUGAUGGAGUAUGCUGCAGGAGGUUCUUUGAACCGAGUGCUAGGUGGAAGACGAAUACCUCCAGAAGUGUUAGUCAACUGGGCUCAGCAGAUAGCACAAGGCAUGUAUUACCUCCAUGACCAGGCUCCUCUCACUUUGGUGCACAGGGACCUCAAAUCCAGCAAUAUUUUGCUCAAAGAGCCAACAGAUGGAACUGAUUUAUGUCGGAAAACAUUGAAGAUUACAGACUUUGGAUUGGCCAGAGAAGUGGAACAGACGACUAGAAUGAGCGCAGCAGGCACCUAUGCCUGGAUGGCUCCAGAAGUCAUCAAGCUUUCUCGCUUUUCAAAAAAGAGUGAUGUCUGGAGCUAUGGUGUUGUCCUGUGGGAACUUCUGACUGGAGAAACUCCAUAUAAAGGAAUUGAUGCACUUGGCGUGGCCUACGGGGUGGCUGUGAAUAAGCUGACCCUGCCCAUUCCUUCAACAUGUCCUUCAAUGUUCUCCCAACUCAUGGCAGACUGCUGGCAUCAGGAGCCCCAUGAGCGACCAGCCUUCUUUGAAAUUCUGCAGCGCUUGCAUGACAUAGCCAGCUCCUCGUUCAUUUCCACACCAAAAGAUUCCUUUCACAUUAUGCAGGAGGACUGGCGUGUAGAAAUUGAACAAAUGUUUGACGAGUUGCGCAGCAGGGAGAAGGAACUUAGAUGCAGAGAGGAAGAACUAACAAAGCAAGGACUUCAGCAGAAAAUUCAAGAAGAUGCUUUGAAGAGAAGGGAAGAGGACCUUGCUGCCAGGGAGAUAGAGCUGCUGGAGCGGGAACUCAACAUACUUAUACUCCAGCAGGUCAUGCUGAAGCCUACGCCAAAAAAGAGGAAAAACCGGAAGAGUCGUUUGAAGGCUUUAAAAUAUGGCGGGAAAAAGAUUAGUGAGCCUUCUGAUUUUCGGCAUAAUAUUACAGUUCAGAAGGAGGAUCUUUGCCUGUAUGACAAGCGCAGCUACGCAGAUGGAACACAUGUAGACAGUCCACCGGUCACACCAACACACGGUUUAGCGCCGCCUCGUUUCAGAGCAAUUGCUAAUCCUCCUGCUGGUGGAAAGAAAGGCAAGACUUGGGGCCCAAACUCUGUGCAAAAGGACAGACACCAGCGUUCAUCUAUAAUAUUUGCAGAUGGGAGGUGGUCAAAGAGUGCCCCAAACUUGGAGAAGUCCCUAAGGCAGCUUGGAGGAGGGCAUUCAAACAUGGGAGCUGUCAAUCAUUUAUAUGAUGAAGAUGACACUUUACCGAGUAAUCUAGAUGACCUCUCACCAAAGUCUCGAAGCAUUCCACACUCACCAGCAACCUCUCCUGGAGUCAGUCCUGCCAAAGUGAAGAAGACAGAUUCCUGCUUCUAUAACAUGUCUGUAAUUCUGGCUUCUGUGGCCAUGGGCUUUGACAUUGGUAUAGCAAACACCAGAGCAAUGCAUCCAAAUCUGCACACACCAAGUGGAGACGAGGAUAAAACCAUAAAGAAACGUGAUUCUUACAUCAAUAAUCGUAGAGAUGCUUACCUGGCAGCUGUAAGAGACUCAUUCAUCGAGCCUGAAGGAGAUUUUCGACCUUACCAAGCUCAGUCAUCAGGUUACUGGCAUACAUACCAUGGUGUGCAGCAGCGGCAGCGGCCAGGCAUUCCCGCAGAACUGGACUCGCAGUCACCAGCAGGUGCUGACAAUGAUUUUGGCUACCACGCUGCCGGUUAUGCCUAUAAUAACUACAAUGCACGCACAACGUCACAUCGUUCUUCUUAUGCAGACAGUGAAGCAUCUGGCGUGUCCAGUACAACUCCAACAACUGAACGAACUGUGAUCUACAAUCGUCAGCUGUCGUCAGAAAGUACGUUUGAUGCACCUCCAAAGUCUUCAGUCCCAGAUGUAGGGAGUAAAGCCCAGAGAAGGUCUGUGACUUUUGAGGAUGAUUUUAUCCCACCUGAUUAUAACAAAAUGAACAUCAGUAAUGCUUACAACAGUCAUAGAAGAACCCCUUCAGAUACCUCUAAUUCAUUAUCAACUUUCGAUCAACAAGACAUUAGAUAUGGCAUCAGUUUGGAUUAUUACCAUGGUCACCAGCAUGAUUACCCGAUAGCACCGUCACAGCCUAUACAGCAACACCAACCAGUGCCGCCAAGAAGAAGAUCCGGUACUGAACCAGCACAGCGUCCAACAACUCUCAACGUGGGUGCCGCUGGGGUCACCACGAUACAUUUAAAGUACCCUGUGUCUCCAGGCUACGGAGUAAGCCCGGCACGGGAAAGAGGUCAUGGGAGUGAAGACUAUGUGGCUUCUUACGCCAGCCGGUCGCACAUGUCACCUGGAAAUACCCCACCACACAUAUCACACAUGAAGACCCUCCUGGAUAUUGACGUAGAGGGACAGACCCAGGAUGUCACCAGGCCAUUGGUACAGCACAUGGGAGGUAAAUUUUCUCUAGCAGACUUGGGCAAGUAA